AUGGGCUUUCAGGACCUCCUGGAUCAAGUUGGAGGCCAGGGAAGAUUCCAGAUCCUUCAGCUGGUGUUCCAUAGCAUCGUCAACCUCAUAGUGUACCCUCACGUUUUAUUGGAGAACUUCACCGCCAUAGUCCCUGAUCACCGCUGCUGGGUCCGCCACCUUGACAAUGACAUUGCCUCUGCUAACAGCACUGGGAUCUUCAGCCAAGAAGCCCUCCUGAGAAUCUCCAUCCCACUGGACUCAAAUCGGAGGCCAGACAAGUGUCAUCGCUUCCUCCACCUGCAGUGGCAGCUCCUUCACCUGAAUGGGACCUUCCCUAACACGAGUGAGGUGGACACGGAGCCCUGUGUGGACGGCUGGGUGUAUGACAACAGCUCCUUCCCCUCCACCAUCGUGACUGAGUGGGACCUGGUAUGUGAAUCUCAGUCACUGAAAUCAAUGACCAAAUUCUUAUUCAUGGCUGGCAUGUUGGUGGGAAGCAUCAUAUUUGGCUAUUUAUCAGACAGGUUUGGGAGGAGGUUAAUUCUCAGGUGGUGUUUCCUCCAGCUCGCCAUUGCUGAUACCUGUGCAGCCUUUGCUCCCACCUUCCUCAUUUAUUGCACACUCCGCUUCCUGGCUGGCUUUUCUACCAAGACCAUCCUGAUAAACUCCAUGAUGCUUAUUGCAGAAUGGACAGUGCCCCGAUUCCAAGUUAUGGGAAUGGCAGUGGCCAUCUGUGGCGCUUGUGUGGGACAGAUGAUCCUCGGAGGACUGGCCUUUGCCAUUCGAGACUGGCAUACCCUUCAGCUGGUGGUUUCCGUACCAUUGUUUGUCAUUUUUCUUUUCUCAAGGUGGCUGAUGGAGUCUGCUCGGUGGCUGAUUAUCACCAACAAACCUGAGGAAGGCUUAAAGGUGCUUAGAAAAGUUGCACUCUGGAAUGGAAAGAAGAAUUCUGGAGACACCCUCACCAUGGAGGUUUUGAGAUCCAGCAUGCGGGAGGAGCUGGAGGCAGCACAGAAAAAAACUUCUCUGCGUGAUUUGUUCCACACACCUACCCUGCGCAGAAGGAUCUAUUUUGCGUCCUUUGUGAGAUUUGGAACCUACAUGUCCUUUUAUGGCCUGAAUCUCCACCUCCAGCACAUUGGAACAAACGUUUACCUGUCACAGGUUCUCUUUGGCCUAAUCAACUUCCCAGCCAAUUAUAUUGCAGUUUUGGCCCUGAAUCAUGUGGGCCGUCGAAUAAGCCAGACAAUUUUCUUGUCCUUCUUUGGAAUCUCCGUUAUGACCAUCACAUUUCUGCCUGAAGAAAUGCAGACCCUGCGUCUUGCUUUGUCGACUCUGGGAGUCGGAGUUUGCGCGGCAGCAGUUAUGUGUUCUUCUGUCCAUGGAAACGAACUAAUUCCUACUGUAAUCAGGGCAACAGCUCUAGGAAUCCUGGGAAUUUCUGCUAAUAUCGGGGCAGCCCUGGCUCCCGUCUUGAUGAUCCUAACCAUGUAUUCGCCCCACCUGCCCUGGAUCGUGUAUGGAGUCUUCUCCAUCCUCGCUGGUCUUGUUGCCCAACUCCUUCCUGAAACCAGGAACCAGCCCCUGCCUGACUCCAUCCGGGACGUGGAAAAAGAGAGAAAAGGCUCAAGAAAAGUAAAGCAGGAAAAUACUUUCAUGAAAGUGACACAGUUUUAAGGAAUUCCAGGAACUGCUACUCAAAGACCAAGAUAGAGGCAGGAAAAUCAGGACCGUUCGCAGAAGUUGGAAAAGUAUGUAAAAUAAAAUAAAAAGAUAU